CAAGCGCACCAAGUCGCCACUCGCCUGAGCCGCUUCUCCCGUUGUCGGUGGAUAAAAAUAAAUAAAUACAUAAUAGUAUUACGUUGUGUUGCCCAACCUUUUGGUGGCCAUGAAUCUCCGGUACAUCUGCACGCUGUCCCUGGUGCCGACGCUCUGCGUGCUGCUCGUCUUGCUGCUGGAGUACGUGGAGGAGGGCCUGGCCCAGAGCGCCGAUCCACUAUUCGAGCUGCCCGUCCAGCUGGUGGGAUUCCCCGUAAUUGUGCUCUCCGUUCGCCUGUCCCAGUUUGCCAAGAAGUUGGCCUACUCCCUCAAUCCCAGCACUUAUAGAUCUCGCAGCCGCAGGGAUACUGCUCAUCCGCUCUCCCUAGACGCUGAGCUAGCUCAAAAACAGAUCCUGCUGGAGUUUGGGCCGCAGGCUUGUAUCCUGGAAGAGCCUUGUCGAGUCCACGCCUCCCGCCAUUUGGGCAGCAGCGAACGCCGAUUGCCGGGUGAGGGCAAAGCGAAGCCACACGCCGCCUGGUCAGAGGUUUUGAGGAACUACAAAGUGCAGCCGGGCAUUGGCGGCAUGAAGCAAUGGUAUCUGCUCUCCCUGUUCAUUGGCGAUGCUGUGCGGGAUGUGCCGCUGUGCAAGCAUUUGGCUAAAAGGAUGCCCUGUCCAGGAGUUGGACCAUUGCCGCCACCCCAACCUCGCUGAAAGAUAAAUCCAGGAGAAGAGCGGCUCCCCUUUUAGUCAGUCACAUUGGACAUCUUUUGUUAAUCAUCCAUCUUUCGGACCUCAUCCAUACCUACUCCUGCUCCAUUCACCUCUUUCAUUACGCAGUACUUUUAGUUGCUUUUAAGGGUUUUAAUUUAAACGAACGCUUAGAUUUAUGAGUAAACAAAUAAAAAUAAA